AUGGUCCAGUUGGAAAGACCCAUCCCCUCCCACACCCUAAGUGGCACGCCGCUGUACAUCAUGACUCAAUCCACAAAGCCGGUCACUUUUGUCUCUGGGAAUCAUAUGGAGCAGUCCUUCUACCUUAUCCAAUCUCCAUCGGCAACGGAUGAACCGGUGGACUUAUCUGGAGUACAGUUGACAUACCAUGACCUGAGGGCUGUGUUCAGCCGGUCCCGCGCCACGACCCUUCUUCCUUAUCGCCUGUACGACUGUAUAAUUGAAUUGAUUUCUGGCACUUCACUGCCUCGGGGACGGCUGUAUUCACUCUCAGCUCCAGAGAGGGAGGCCAUAAACAGGUAUAUCAGUGAUUCUCUGGCAGCCGGUCUCAUUCACCCUUCCUCUUCACCAGCAGGGGCGGGGUUCUUCAUGGAGAAGUGUUGGGGCAUCCUUGUCUUCCAGGGGCUUGUGAAUGACGUGCUUGAAGACAUGGUCGAUCGUUUUGUGUUUGUCUGUCUUGAUGAUAUCCUGAUCUCCUCCCAGAAUAUCCAGGACCAUGUGCAGCACAUCAGGCAGGCGUUGUUCUGCACCUCACUAAGCAUCAACAGAGGAUUCUACGAAUCUGUUCCUGAUUUCCACAACGCAGACACUCAUCCUACGAACACACUCUUCACGGAUUACCCUUUGCGUGACUACAACACACACGCCUUUGGAGAUCGCUUCCCGCUGCUGCAGCCGUGCAUCACAAUUCUUUACUUUAUCUUCAGGUACAAGGAAAGGCUACAGACCAAAUAUCUAAGGGAUCUAAGCAAAAAGCAACAGUUAUCUGGGGCAUUAGAUGGUCGUAGAUGGCGUUUUCUGUCUCCUGGACAGGAUGAUUUUAGAGAUGGUUAUCCAACUGUCCAUAAAGAGCUCUUCACCCAGUGUAAGUGUGGAACCUACCCUGCUGUCUUUGGGAUGCCGAAGCAUGCUUGUUCAGUAAAGUUACCGCAGAAGAGAUUGAGUAAAGAUCAAGCAUGUUACUCAAAGCAGAAUCCACAGAGUCAAUCGCAGCGUGAGUUCAUUGAUGCAGUGGAGCACAGACUGAAACAACACCCUCUGGCCCUCUAUCCACAUCUGGAGAGUGGAAUGACACCAGAGGGUGGAGAGACCAAUGAUCUGACAGAGUCAACCAUCUUGGACCUGUUUAAGAGUGACUAUGAGAAGAAAACCUCCUUGACCUUCCCUAUUAACAAGACGGAGCCUAAUAAAACUCCAGCAAAACUCUACAGCUCUGUAGAGGAGCAUCGGAAAGACCAGUCUCUUGAUACAUGCUUUAAGGAGUUGAACAAGGCCAAUAAACCUGACAGACCCCAGACUUCCAAAACAUGGAAAAAAAGGGCUGCCAAUGAGCCUCUGAGAACCCCAUCUGAUAUGUCAAAAAGCAUGGACUUUGAAGAAGAAUUGAGUGAGCAGGAUAAGGAGCUAUGGCAAAUUCACAUCAUUCAGGCAUUCAGGGAGUUCAUUAUCAGCAAGGGACAGAGAAUGCCAAGGGAUUCUCAUGUGCAGUUACUCAGUGCUGUCUUCUCUGACGAGGAACAGGAUCAGAGGUUCAGACACUUCAAGCUCCAUAUCAACACCUAAAGGGAGAGCCUUCCAUUAAACUCCUUGAGUAAUAUUCUCUUAUGGUGUUGAUACAACAUACAUUGUACAUCAACAUUCAUACAUCAUCUACAGGGUGAA